AUGGCGAGCGGCCGCCAGAGUCCUCCGUCGGGCUCUCGGCUCGGUGUGGGCUUUGUCACUCUCUGUGGAGUCUUCUUCGCCGCUACAGUGGCGUCGACGGUGUUGGGCAAGAAGGGCAACGUGGCGGUGCCGGUCUUCCCGCUCGCGCUCUCGGCUCUCACCGCUCUCGCGGGCGUCGCCGUCUAUCCGCUCCUCUUUCUGGGAAUUCUUCUCGCCGAUUCGCGCGUUGACCUGCCCGCGCGCUUCCUUCACCGACGCGGCAUGCUCUCGCUGCCAUCGUAUGCGCUGCCGGCGACUGUCGGUGCGCUCUUUGCCGCACACAACGUUCUUGCCAAUCUCGGCGCGCGCGGCAACGUUGUCCCCGGCCCACUCGUUGCCAUCCUCUCCAAGCUCGUUGUGCCGUUCUCGAUGAGCAUGGAGGCAUGCGCAAAGGCGCUCGGCUAUCACCAUCUCUACUCGCGGAUCUCCGUGGCCCGCCUCCUCGCCGUUGUUCUGCUCUUUGCCGGCGUCGCUCUCUCGGUCUUCGGGCCCGAGGGCAAGUCGUUUGCCGCAGCGUCGGGCGCGUCCACAGCAGCGUACGUGACCCAAGUCGCCUUUCUCGUCACCGCAGACAUUCCACUCGCUCUUGGCAUCCUCGUCGUCCGCCAGUUCUACAAGGCUGCCGCUGAUGCCGCGGUCCCGAGCGGGCACGGCGUCACCCACGAGCUCGUCUUCUGGUGGUGGGUCUCGCUUUUCGAGCUCCCCUGGGUCAUCGUCCUCGCUCCGCUCAGCGCUUACCUGCAAGACUUUCCGAUGGCCUCGCUUGGCCGCAACGCUCGCGAUGGGCUGGCGUGCUGGGUCGGCGGGGUGGACCCGUCGCUGGCGUCGCUGGAUUCCUACGCCAAGUCGACGGCCUCGGUCGACUGCGGCUACGGCUCCAAGAUGUUCUACGCCUCGCUUGUGGCCGGCUUUGCCUUUAACGUCUGCAUGCCGCUUCUCGCUGUCCGCGCCUCGACAACCACGCUGUUGUGGAUCCUGCGCGCGGCGGCGCUCCCGUUCGCCGUCCUCGCCUUUUCGCUCCACAUUGUCAUGGGCACACACGCUACCCCGCUUCAUCCAUGGGGUCUUGUUGGCCUCGCCCUCGUCCUCGUUGCACUGCUCGUCUUCACCUAUUCGCCGCGACAGCCAGCAGCCAGCGAUAGCACCGUCGAGGUCGGAGACGCGGAGGCGGUCGCCAGCGUCGCGCUCCUCGGUGACCGCUCGGUCCAGCGAUUCGAAUAA